UCAUAGUUCUCCUGUUGUCAAUUGAAUUUCUGUAAUUUUAUUUGUAAUUCGGAUCGCUUGCAGUUUUUCUGCUGUAAUCUCGCAAGAUCAUAAUUUCCGAAAGCGAGCAUUAAAGAAAUCAGCGAGACAAACUAUGGCCCUGCCAUUUAACACUAAAGUUGUAACCAAUCGGUUAUUUCUGAACAAAUGUUACAACUUUUGGCGACCUUACGUCAGCGGCCCGGUCGAGGGUGGUCGUGCCAGCAAUCCGGACGGCUCCACGGUAAACGUCCCUUCGAAGGAAAUAGUGACACCGCUACCUCCCCUGUCCGAACCCAUUGCUGACCAACAGCCGGUGCAGUAUGCGCGUUCGGGGGAUCAAAACAAUGUUACCACAGUGACCCGAUUGUCGAACGGUUUGAGGGUUGCUUCGGAGAACAGAUUUGGCCAGUUCUGUACGGUGGGAGUGGUGAUCGAUUCGGGCCCCCGCUAUGAGCUGGCCUAUCCAAGUGGCGUUUCGCACUUUCUGGAGAAACUAGCAUUCCAAUCGACCGAAGCGUUUAGCGAAAAAGAUGUCAUCUUCAAGGAGCUCGAGAAACACGGGGGAAUAUGCGACUGCCAGAGUUCGCGGGAUACGUUUGUAUACGCGGCAAGCGCGGACAGCCGUGGGCUCGAGUCCGUUACAAGAAUUCUGGCUGAUGUUGUUCUCCGGCCUAAAUUAGCCCUGGAUGAGGUCGAGGCGGCACGCCAGGCAAUCAAGUUUGAGUUAGAAACGUUGCAAAUGCGACCAGAGCAGGAGCCCAUCGUAAUGGACAUGAUUCAUGCUGCUGCGUUCCGAGACAACACCUUGGGACUUCCGAAGCUUUGUCCCGCGGAAAACACGGAUAAGAUUGACAGGAAUAUGUUGUUGACUUACUUGAAAAAUCAUCAUACACCGGAUCGGAUGGUGCUAGCGGGUGUUGGAGUUCCGCACGAUAAACUUGUCCAGCUGGCGGAGAAAUUCUUCGUGGAAGGAUCAGCGACUUGGGAGAGCGAGAAAAUUGUGGCUAAGGAACCAAAAGGAGUGGACACAUCGAUUGCACAAUAUACCGGUGGACAACAGCUCGAGGAGUGUAUUAUUCCGGUGUAUGCUGCCGUGGGACUUCCAGAGCUAGCUCAUGUUGUAGUCGGAAUAAGAGGGUGCUCCCAUCAAGACAAAGAUUUCAUAGCGGCUUGUGUGUUAAAUAUUAUGAUGGGCGGUGGAGGUUCGUUCUCUGCCGGUGGUCCGGGGAAGGGAAUGUACACUCGUCUAUACACAAAUGUCCUGAACCGUUACCACUGGAUGUACAGCGCCACUGCUUAUAACCAUGCUUACGGAGACUCUGGUCUGUUUUGUAUCCACGCCACGGCUCCACCAACACACGUGAAGAAUCUGGUGGAGGUCAUCACGAGGGAACUGUACACGAUGCAAACCCGACCGGGAGAUCAGGAAUUGCGCAGAGCGAAAACACAACUGCAGUCAAUGCUGUUGAUGAAUCUGGAGGCCCGUCCGGUCGUUUUUGAGGACAUUGGAAGGCAGGUGUUGGCUACCGGUGAACGGAGGCGACCGGAGCAUUUCAUUCAGGAAAUAGAAAAAAUUACCGCGGAGGACAUCCAAAACGUGGCAAGGAAAUUUCUAUCGUCACCGCCAGCCCUGGCCGCUCGUGGUGAAAUCAAGGGCAUUUACGACGUUAAGGACAUUCAAACAGCGCUGUCCAAUGAAGGUCGGAUGCCCGGUAAUCGAAGGUUGUCGCUUUUUAGAUAAGGUUGGUACUCUUCAUAAAAAAAAACAAUUCACGUAUCUAGAAGACAAUGCAAAGCACUGUACUAUCCAAGUCAAACUUUUAACGCUAAUUGUGAAAAAUAUCAACUUGAUUGAUUCAAAAAAAAAAUAUCGGCGUCAGUUUAGUUCCGAAAUAAAUAAGAUAUAUUAGGAUUAAUAAAAACUAAAA